AUGGCAAUUUCUGCCAUGAAUGAACUUCGUGUCUUCGUGGGCCUGACAGCCGGUCAGUCGGAUCGAGUCCUGGCCGGAGGGCAAGUGGCGGGUACGCACAGGGGUCGCUGGGGAUUGCGUCCUGACGCAGUCACAGCCAUUCAACGCUGCGUGGAGAGCGACUUACAUUCAUGGCAGGGAGGAGAGUGGACGCUUCAUGGCGACCCGCAUGCCGUGCGGGCACAUGAGAUCACAUUCACCGCGAUCGGCUACAUGACGCUGCUGGCAUCUUGGAAAAUCUCGUGA